AUGACUAUCUUUAGUGACUCAACAGAAAAGGUCACCGAUACUAUUGAUCAUCAAGAAAAGAUCCAAUUCGACCACGAUGAAGGUUCUUACGAAGGUGGCGCCCCAAACUUUGACCUCGAUGAGGAAAUCGAAAAAUACAAGUUGAUGGGUGAACAGCAAAAAUCAGAUGGUGCCUUCUUGACCCACUUAAAAAGACUCGAGUUUCCCAUCAAAUUCAAAAAUGUCGACCACAUGACAUAUUUCAUGGGUGGUUUCGCCUCUUUUGCCGGUAUCUUGAGUGGUGUCGAUCAAAGUAUUAUCAGUGGUGCCAUCAAAAUGAAUACUGCUUUGCACUUGACCGACCACCAAAACUCUUUGGUCUCUGCUUUGAUGCCCUUGGGUGCCGUGGGAGGAAGUGUCCUUAUUUCCGUGCUCGCAAAACUCGGUAGAAAGAACUCGCUUUUGGUUUCAAUUUUACUUUACACCAUUGGUGCUAUUAUGUGUGCCGCUGCCCCCAUCCCAAAACAAAUUGGCGAUGUGUUUGACAAUACAAACUCAACAAACGUGUUGUAUGCAGGAAGAUUCAUCUUGGGUUUGGGUGUCGGUAUCGAAGGUGGUACCGUGGGUGUGUACUUGGCUGAAGCCAUCAGCAAAAAGAAAAGAGGUGGAAUCACUUCGGCUUAUCAACUUUUCAUCGCUGUGGGUGAGGUUCUAGGCUUUGCCAUUGCAGCAAUCUUUAUCAAUGUCAAAUCUGGAUGGCGUUACAUGUUGGGUUCCUCGAUUGUAUUUUCAACUAUUUUGUUUCUCGGAAUGCUUUUCUUACCUGAAUCCCCAAGAUUCGUUGCAUACAAAGGAAACUUUGGCGAAGCAUAUAAUAUUUUCACAAGGCUCAGAGAUAUGGAAUUAAGAGAAAGUAAAAUCGAGUUUAUACAAAUGAUCCAGGCUGUUGAAUACGAACGUGAAAAGAACCUCACAAGAAACAAGGCUAAGGAAUGGAUGGAACUCUUUACAGUGCCAAGAAACAGACGUGCGUUGGUUUAUGGUGCAAUGAUGGUGUCCCUUGGACAAUUGACUGGUAUCAAUGCCGUUAUGUACUAUAUGUCAACUUUGAUGAAACAGAUUGGAUUUAGUGAAACAAAUGCCAUCUUUAUGUCCUUGGUUGGUGGUGCCUCAUUGAUGUUUGGUACCAUUCCAGCCAUCUUGUACAUGGACAGAUUUGGUCGUCGUAUUUGGGGUUACAACUUGAUUGGUUUCUUAGUCGGUUUGGUCCUCGUUGGUGUUGGUUACUUGAUCCCUCUUGACACACACAAGGCUGCCGCUUUGGGUGUAUACUUGACAGGUAUCAUCCUUUACGAAUUCUUCUUUGGUUCCUAUGCAUGUCUUACCUGGGUCGUUCCAUCAGAGAGUUUCCCAAUCAACUGUAGAAAUGCAGGUAUGACUAUUUGUUCGGCAUUGUUGUACUUGUGGGCAUUUACUGUGACUUACAAUUUCAACAGAAUGAAAGUUGCCAUGACCUACACUGGUUUGACGAUUGGAUUCUAUGGUGGUAUUGCUUUCCUUGGUUUGAUUUACCAAUUGCUCUUUAUGCCUGAAACUAAAGGUAAGACAUUGGAAGAAAUUGACGAGAUUUUCGAAAAACCAACCAGGGAAUUGGUUAAGGAGAAUGUUAGGGGACUCAAGAGAUUCUGGAGCUUCAAGUAA